CACAAAAAAUAGAAAUAGAUUAUGGAGAUCGUGGGGUUGUGUAAGGGGGCGAAAGGCCAGAGCAUGAGAAGGGUAAAGCGGGUGUUGAACUCCAACACCCGGUUACCCCUCCAUGGUCUGCUCCACGACCUCUGCCUCCGUUUUGGGUUUGCUCCGGGUCAAUUGACCGCCAAAGCCCACAAGUAUGUUGCUUCUUUCAUCUUGAGGUGUUGCGCCCUAGACAGGAACCCUAACCUGGAGGAGUUCCUUUUGCUCUUCAGUAUUGGGGGGUUCCCCUUUUACAGCCUAUACCCUCAUACCAAUUUCCCUGUUUUCGAGAGGGUUGAACUCAAGAUCGACAGGUGGGCAUUGAAAUAUUUCGUCAUUGAGUUUCCGGUUCAUAGCCCCAUCGACCUGCCGGGCGCUGUCCUCCGCCGUUCCAUUUCCCGGACAAAGUUUGCUUCAGCAGAUUCGGUGGCGGGAGUGUACAACGCCUUAAGGGGGAAAGAAGGUUUAAUUCCCCACCACUCCCUCCAGGAAGUUGAGUUGUACAAGAAGGCAGGUUUCUAUUACCCCCUGGGUCCUGACCCCAUUCCCUUUAAGGGAAUGCCUUCUCCCGGGAAAUCAAAGGUGUCUUCCUCCGCAGAAUCUAUCCCGGCUGUGAGCUCUUCCGGAAAUCAAACUCAGGGCGGCUCCACUACCCUAGUUGUACGCAAUCCGAAUGCUGCUCUGAAUGCCAUCCCCAUCUCUGCCAUCCCUGGGCUCAGGAGGCCCACUCCGUCCCAGAAACGGCCGCGGGAGGGACUCUCGGACGAUGAUUUCCUUCCAAAAAGGAACAAAGGUGACGGUACUUCUGUUUCGCCCAGCCCCCUGUCCCAUUCUUCCGGUACCCAGAAUUCUACUCCCGCCGCUACAUCCGUGGUUUUGGAGUUGUCCCACCCAGAUAAACUCGAUCAUGAAGAAGAAGAGCCUAGGGACCAGUCUGCACUCCUGAAACCCGUAGUGCAGUCCCAGCCUGGGACACCUGGUUCUUCGCCACACGCCGCAACCAGCCCCCAAACAAUGGAGAAUGAAGGGAUGAAGCAGAAUGAACCAGAGUCUUCCCCCACAGCGGAAGUGGAAAUGCAAACAGAAGCGGUGGUCUCCCCUCCGGAAGAGAAUGAGGCUAGGGAGCAGAGGGAUGCCGAAGCUUCCCCAGAAGUGAGGAAUGAAACUGAGGUACAACAGACUCAGGAGGAGCAGCGAGAGCCGGAAGGAAGACAUCCUUCUGCUACCCCCCCCCCAGCUGUCAACCUCCCCAUCCGGUGCAGAUUCACACCGCGGACCUAUUCAGCUUUUGCGGAGGGUUGGGAAGGCUUCUCCCGUGGUUUGAGAUCCCUGCAAGCUUCCCAUGGGACUAUCCAGGGGAAUCUAGCAAGAAUGCAGGAAUUAGCGCAGGAACCGCUAACUCCUCAUGCUCGCCCUGACCUGCUCGCCCUCAACGCCUUGCACCUCAUGGAACAGGCUCAUCAAUCGCUCCUUACUUUGACUGAGGAGUACUUGGGUGGAGCAUCAGGGAACUUCCGGGCUGUAAUGCUCCUGAGGGAAAGGGAGCUGGCCGCCAGGGCCCUACAACAAAAGGUUGAUUCCCUGGAAAAACAAGUCCAGGUCUUGCAAGGGGAGAAUGCCCGGCUUCAGGCAGAUGGCUCCACGGAGCUUGCAGCUGAGAAAUCUAAGGUCCAGUCCCUGCAAGACCAGAUUGCCAACUACCAAAAAGAGACCUUGGAUCUGGAAGUGCAGUUCGACAGGUUCCGGACUCAAAUUUCCAGCCUGGAAUCAAGAGUCUCAACUUCAGAAGACCUGGUAAUGAGCCUGCAAGCUGAGCUGGUGGAGAAGGAAUCCCGGAUCUCUGGGCUGGAGAAAUCCCUCCAAGAGGCCAAGUAUGAAGGCUCACGCAUCAAUGAGAUGGCAUUGAGACACAUGGAGGCCAGACGGCUUGACCUCGAGAAGUUGAAGGGAGAGAGGCAGGCUGCAAAUGAACUCCGGGCAAAGGUAGACGAACAGGAGAAGACCAUUGCUGCUCAUAAAGAGGAGGUGGCCACCCUGAUUGCCCGGGCUCAAGCCCUUUACGAAGAAGGUCAAUUCGACAUGCAGCAGUGCAUUUACGGAGCAGUCCAGAGUGGUCUUCCGGAGUCCCGUACCUUGGACGACUUCAUCUCCUACUAUGGGCUGCCUCUUCCUCUUUCGCCUCCAGCUUCCCGUACAGAUCCGGGGCCUUGACUUUAUCUCUUUUCGUUGUACUUAUUUGGAUGAUAGUAAACUGUUAACUUUUGA